CUCGUUUCAUUUCCUUUACUGCUCCUCCUCCUCGCUUCUCUCAAAUCUCAGGUCACCCCCCUCUCUCUCUGUUUAGUUUCUGUUUGGUUGUCGAGAAAAACAAGAGGAAAAUCAGAAAGAUAAACUUAGGCCGUUCUUUGUUUUAUCAGCAUCCAAACACAGCUUCUUUCGAUUCAUUCUCUCUCUCACACUGUUUUAUCUUCUUUUAAUCGGUGAAAUGGAUAAUCGUUUCGAUAUGAUUUCUCUUUCUAUUGCAGAUAGAUCAGUCUAGAAGAUCUCUUUCGUGUUCUGUCUCUUUCUCUGUACCUGAUUUACCGGUUAAAGUGAUUAGUACGUGAAGAAUCCACCAACAGCUUUAACGAUGGUUUCCUUUGAAUUGAAUGACCGUAAAAAGAUUGGGUUAGGCUUGACUGGAUUUGGCAUAUUUUUCUCAUUCUUGGGAAUUGUCUUCUUCUUUGACAAGGGAUUUCUUGCCAUGGGAAAUAUCCUUUUCAUCUCUGGAGUCAGUCUCACUAUUGGACCAAAGUCUACCAUGCAAUUCUUCAUGAAACGCCAGAAUUUUAAGGGAACUAUUUCAUUUGGUGCUGGCUUCUUCUUUGUGGUCAUAGGAUGGCCAGUUAUUGGCAUGAUUUUGGAAGCAUAUGGUUUCAUUGUUCUCUUCAGUGGUUUCUGGCCAACACUGGCAGUUUUCAUUCAGAAGAUACCAAUUCUUGGAUGGGUGUUCCAACAGCCUUUUGUGAGAUCGUUUUUUGAUCGAUAUCGGGGCAAAAGAGUGCCCGUGUAAAUGCAGUAUCAGAGGAAGUGCAACUGAACUCCAGAAUCAAGACAGGCCAACAUCCUAGCAUUUGUAAAAAAAGAAAAAAGAAAAAGGAAUAGUCAGCUCCAGACAUAAUCUUUUUGGCACUUGUAAGGGUGACUGUUUACUCCGACAUCAUUGGGAAGUGCAUCAAAGCGGCAAAUAGUACGAUUUGCAAGUCACUGUAAGAUACAGGGGUUCUGUAUGAGUGACCAUCUAUUCAAUUUCAUUUGAUAAUAGCUUAUUCUUUUAGUA